CAGUGUUUUUGGAAGUUCUGUAUGUACUUGUAUUUUGCCUUUUUGUUUGUAGUGGCAUGUUUCAAAAAUAUUAAUACAAUUUGUUUGUACAUCCAUUCUUUUUGCAUCUGAAUCAUCAUAAUAAUUUGUGUGUAACGAGCAGCAAGGUGAUGCUCACAGCUUCCCGUAGUUAGUCUAGUUUUCUAGUUACCCCUAAAUCGUGAUAUGUGAGUAGCCAUAGGUCGAUAAAUGGAAUGCUAAAGCCCUUCGCAAGGGAGUUCCAUUUAGUCCCGUUCCUGAGAGCGAUUUCCUUCUUUAGGGACCUUUCAUGCACUGAUUUUGUGUGAGCUUCAAUGGUCUCAAUUGCAAAACACUGUGUUUGUGUACAAAUCAUCAUGAUAAUUUGUGUUGAUAAUGCACAUGUGUUUCACCGUGUCAAUUGGAAACGACUUGUGUUUGAAUCUUUGUAAAUCUAUUAUCUUGGGUGAAAUUUUUGAAUAACUAACUCGUAUAUGUGUUUGCACCAUGCACGUGUUAUGGCAUAUGCAAACUGGAUAAGUUAAGGAUCUUCUUAGAAUGUUGGGUUUUUACUGAAGUAAAUAGGUGAUGCCAAAGCUAGGUAUAGUUGCUAAAGCAUGAAGUACUAUAAAAAUAUCAUGCAUAUACUAUGUGCUUGGGGGUUGUAUUUUCAUUCUAGCAGCUGCUCUGGGUUUUUACCAAAGCAUUAUGCUGCAAAUCGCAUUACCAUUAUUAUUCUAAUAGUGUGACUUGUAUGAAACUCUUUAGUAAUUUGUAAUUUUUGGCUUCAAAUUGAUGCUACGGCCACUUCAGCCUGUUUUAGUGCGUGUUUGUCUAUUCCUAAAAAGGUAUACGUUAGUAACUUGUUUUGCCAAGCAUACUUUUAAAACAUUUAUACCUUUGUCUGCAGCAGCUAGCUUUUGCUUUUCGCGUUCUUUUAAUGAUAGUUCAUUGGAAGUUCACUCUGAAGAGCAGGAAGUGAUAAUUGCUGUGGGAAGUAACGUGGGUGAUAGACUUCAUAAUUUUGAUGAAGCCUUGCAGCAGAUGAAGAAAUCUGGCAUCCAGAUUACUAGGCACGGUUGUUUAUAUGAGACUGAGCCUGCUUAUGUGACUGAUCAGCCUCGUUUUCUCAAUUCUGCAGUUAGAGGUGUUACAAAACUCCAACCUCAUGAAUUGUUAAAGGUUCUAAAGAAAAUCGAGAGGGACAUGGGUCGUACUGUUGGAAUUAGGUAUGGUCCAAGGCCAAUUGAUUUGGAUAUAUUGUUUUAUGGGAAUCACACGGUUAACACCGAUAUUCUUACAAUCCCGCAUGAAAGAAUUCAGGAGAGACCUUUUGUAAUGGCUCCGUUAGUUGAUCUAUUGGGAACUGAUAUAGAUGAUUAUACAAUUAAAUUGGAAAAUUUAUUUUCCAAACGUUCCGGUGGACUUUUUGAGACAUGGGAGAAACUAGGCGGCGAAUCACUCAUUGAAAAGGACGGGAUGGAAAGGGUCGUGCCUAUUGCAAAUCAGUUACGAAAUUUUUCGUCAAAAACCUCUAUUAUGGGUAUCCUUAACGUGACCCCGGAUAGUUUUAGCGAUGGGGGAAAGUAUUUAUCCACACAGUCGGCCGUUUCUCAGGUUCAACUGAUGCUAUCGGAAGGGGCGGAUAUUAUUGAUUUAGGUGCACAAUCAACCCGACCAAAGGCAUCCAAGCUAUCUGCUGAGGAAGAAUUGGACCGACUUAUCCCUGUCCUAGAAGCAGUCAAAAAUAUGCCCGAGAUGGAGGGAAAGCUUCUAUCUGUGGAUACAUUUUAUUCCCUGGUUGCUGCUGAAGCAGUCAGCAAAGGGGCUCAUCUUGUCAAUGAUGUGUCCAGUGGACAGCUUGACUCGAGCAUGCACAGUGUGGUUGCAACUCUCAAAGUUCCCUACAUUGCAAUGCAUAUGAGAGGCGAUCCAUCUACAAUGCAGAAUAGCGAGAAUCUGGAAUAUGAUGAUGUCUGUAAGGAAGUUGCACACGAGCUAUACACACGGGUUUUUGAUGCAGAGUUAUCAGGUAUACCGGCUUGGAGGAUUAUUAUUGAUCCCGGAAUUGGAUUCUCAAAGAAUACUGAACAAAAUUUGGACAUUCUUAUGGGAUUGCCAAUCAUUCGAUCUGAGAUUGCUAGGAGGAACUUUGCUGUGUCUCACGCUCCGUUAUUAAUAGGACCUUCGAGAAAGAGAUUCCUUGGUGAAGUAUGUGCGCGACCUGCAGCUGCCGAAAGAGAUCCAGCAACUAUUGCUGCAGUCACUACUGGGGUUCUGGGAGGUGCAAAUAUUGUACGUGUGCACAACGUUAAAUAUAAUCGAGAUGCUGUGAAGCUUUGUGAUGCAAUGAUGGACAGGAAGGGAUCUUACCCGUGUCAAGGAAAACGUUAACAACAUUAUUUUGUCUUUUCUUAGUACCUGUUUGGCGUGACUUUUGUUUCUUAUAGAAGAGUUUUUGGCGAAAGCUACCUUUAUUUUUGUUUGAAAACUAAUAUUUAAAAGAGUUUCCUAUUCCGAAUGUGCUUUUAGAGGAAACUAUAUUGGACCAACUUCCUCUAAAAACUCUUUUAACUAUUAGAAGUACUUCCGUUUAACCAAAUGGGUCCAAAAGUAAUUUUUGAAUUUCAAAAGCUCAUUUUGGCCCUUUAAAAGCCAUUCUAAACAGGUCCUCAGUACUUUACUACUAUUACAUCCAUGGCACUGAUAGCUUUAACAUUUAAUCACAAAGACGUGUAUGGUACACUUGAUUGGAUAGGAUUGUACAACAUAAUGAACACAAUCUCAACUUUUUUUUAGUAUUAA